AUGGAGGAGAUGCUGCGCAUCAGUAGGCUCCAUCUUUCUGCUGAAGUGGUUGGGUCGCUAAGUGGUCAGGGAGAUUUGCUGCAACAAGUGUCUGAUCACAUAUGGAUGUUUAGUGAACUUUUGCAAAGCUAUGUAUGCACGUCUGCUGUUAGGAGGGAAUAUGCAACGGUUGUUCAGAACAGCUCUAAGAUGGCUGAACAGGCGGCCGUGCUGGAGGAGGAACGCGCGGGGAGAAGGGUGGCCGAAGCUAAUUGUGAUGUGCUUGUAGAGGCUAUAAAAAAGAUAGAAGCGGAGCUGGCAGAGGUGAAGGAGAAAAUGGCAUCCACGAAGGCAAAGUUAAUGGGGUCUGUCGAACAAGAGAUGGAGUGUGACAAGCUAAAGGCAGAGCUAGUGACGAUGACCAACAAGUGGAUGGAGAAGAGUCAGUUCUGCGUGCAGCAUGAGAAGCAGAUGGAGACGCUGGAUAACAUGAUUAAUGAUUUGCAGGAAGAAGUGGUGCCCUUGCAAACGGAUAAGGAGUUGCUGGAGAAGGAGAAGAAAGAGUUGCAACGGAAGGUGGAGGGGUUGGAGGUGAACGUUGCAAGCGUACGUAAGCAGAAGCUAGAGGCAGAGCUCCAAUUAAACAAUAAGUUGAAGGAGAAAGAGGAGGCCAUAGCCAAAAUCGAGGGACGGUUGAAAGAAAUGUCAAGGUAUGUGUUGUAG